AUGGGUAUCGACCCAAAACAGGGAGAUGCUUCUUUGGAGGAAACACUUGAAGAAGAAUUCAUUGCUGAGGAGAAUCUUGUAGAGGUUGAAGUGAAGGCCGAACAGAAGGACGUUCGAGAACAAAUGGCUCCUAGACUUCCUCCUCCCCCACAGCCUAACGAGCCUGAUGCGUCCAAUAACACUAGGUUGUUGGAAACGAUAAUUGAUAGAUUGCAACAACAGAAUGUCACUCUGAUGGAGCAGAAUGCUACUUUGAUGCAACAGAACCAGAACGCUUUACAGACCUUGGAGGCCGCUCGCGCCAACUCUGAGACUACACAGCGGCAGUUAAUGGAAAUUCUUGCUGCAACCAGGGGCAUGCUGGGGGCGUCCUUUUCUAAUGCUACACCACAUGCUGAGUGGAGUUUGGAAAGCUUCCUUCAACACCGCCCAGCCAAGUUCAGUGGGACGUGCCUUCCUGAUGAGGCAGACCAACGGCUGCGUGACAUGGAAAGGAUUUAUAACGCUAAGAUGUGCCCAGAUGAGAACCGCUUAGCAUUCACAGAAUAUCUUCUGACUGGAGAAGCGAGCCACUGGUGGGCGAGCGUGAGGGCCAUAUUGACGGACGCUCACAGUCCUAUUACUUGGGAAGUUUUCAGAAGCAAAUUCUAUGAAGAAUAUUUUCCAGAUAGCGUUCGCUUCGCCAAAGAGGUGGAGUUCCUACAGUUGACACAAGGGGGGAUGACCGUUUCUGAGUAUACGAACAAGUUUAAGCACUUGGUUCGUUUUAAUACCAUGGCAACCAAUGCGGAGUGGCAGUGUAGAAAAUUUGAGAAUGGGCUGAGGAGCGAUCUAAAGGUGUUAAUCUCCAGCCUGUGUAUCCGUUCAUUUCCUGCAAUGGUUGAGAGGGCAAAAGUGUUGGAGAAGAACAUGGCUGAAGUCGAACAACGUAAGAAGCAACAGGCCUCCAGGGGACCGAUUUUAUCAAGACCAAAUCUGACUCGGAAUAGUACUCCAUACGCUCGUCCAGUACAGUCGAGUGGAUCACAAGCAAUGGUAGUUGCUGGGCAGUCGGGACAACAGGGGGCCGUGAGAUGUUUUCAAAGUGGAGGACCCCACUACAAGUCAGUUUGUCCUCAAUUGAUAGGAGUAAAGUAUUGUAAUCGGUGUAGAAGAAAUGGCCACCUGGGGAGCGAAUGCAACAUGGGCGGACGCGCUGUUAUGAGGCCGCCAAACGCUGGAAGGACCCAGCAAGGGAGAGGUGGUCGAGCCCAAGCUGUUGGGCGUGUGUAUGCCAUUACUGGAGCGGAGGCAGCAAGUUCAGCGGCUGGCGAGGUUAGGACGUCUACUAUGUGCGUUAGAUGUCCUAUUGAGGUAGAAGGGCGUAGAUAUAAGGUAAACCUCAUAUGUUUGCCUCUCAAAGACUUAGAAGUAAUUCUGGGAAUGGAUUGGUUGAAUACCAAUCGCAUUCUUAUAGAUUGUGGAGCUAAGGAGUUAAUUUUUCCGGAAGAAGAUGAAGAAGACUUGGGUGUGACACUCGGUCAAUUUAAGGAAGAUAUCAUGGAGGGAGCUAGCUGCUUUUUGAUAAUGACACACGAAGACAGGGGGGUUGAAGACAUAAAUUUUGAGCGAUCGUCCAACAGCAAGCACAGUGGAGGACGAUCGGUUGUGGACGAAUUCUCGGACGUCUUUCCGGAUGAAGUGCCAGGAUUGCCUCCCGUUCGUGAAGUGGAAUUCACGAUUGAUUUGGUGACUACAGCAACGCCUAUUUCCGUUCAACCUUACCGAAUGGCACCAGAUGAGUUGGCUGAACUUAAGCAACAAAUUGAAGAUUUGAUGGACAAAAGAUUUAUUAGACCGAGCGUCUCACCUUGGGGAGCGCCCUUGCAUGGAGCGAGCGUGUUCUCUAAGAUAGACUUAAGAUCGGGCUAUCACCAAAUUCGGGUUAAGGAGGGAGAUAUUCAGAAGACGGCCUUCCGUUCACGUUAUGGACAUUAUGAGUACGUGGUGAUGCCGUUCGGUGUUACGAACGCUCCAGCAGUUUUCAUGGACUACAUGAACAGAAUCUUCAGGCCGUAUUUGGACAAGUUCGUGGUGGUAUUCAUUGACGAUAUUCUCAUCUACUCCAAGAGUUGUGAAGAGCAUGAAGAGCACUUGAGAUUGGUACUUGGAGUUUUGAGAGAAAAAGAACUGUACGCUAAAUUGUCUAAGUGCGAGUUUUGGACGAAAGAAGUGCAGUUCUUGGGUCACGUUGUAACCGCUGGUGGGAUUUCAGUUGAUCCGGCUAAGGUACGAGCGGUAUUGGAUUGGGAGAGUCCGCGCUCGGUCACGGAAGUGAGAAGUUUUGUGGGAUUGGCGGGAUACUACAGGCGUUUCAUAGAAGGAUUUUCAAAGAUAGUGGCACCGUUGACUCAGUUGACCAGGAAAGAUCAUCCGUUCGCUUGGACCGAUCAAUGUGAAUCUAGCUUCCAAGAAUUGAAGCAGAAGUUGACGAGCGCCCCAGUUUAG